AUUGAGGAAGGAUCCACUGCUCUGCCGCUGCCUCUGCUGCUCUCGCUGUUGUAUAUGUGUGUGUGUGUGCGAGGAAGCCUGAUGAAAUGAAAUGCCAGGAUUGGGCUACCUCCAGGGAGAGCCUCUCCAUCCUAUAACGUGAGCCAGCCAGCAGCACUCUGGGAUCGGGGAGAAGCUGCAUCCAUCAAGCGACGGGCCUCCGGAGGACCAGGCGUGAUCCAACGGGAGGGGAGAUUUUUUUUUUUUAAUCAUUCUUCUCUGCUGUGGAGAGAAGGGAUUGUUGUCACCCCCCACAUCCAUCCUUUUUUUAAAAUCUGGGGCCCCCUCCUUCCUCGUCCGCCUACACUCUUUUUGUUUUUUACCCCCUCGUUCUUCUAGAGGCGCUCACUGGAAUAUCAAACCUCCAUGUAUGACAAUUUGUACCUGCAUGGAUUUGAAGACUCUGAGGCGGGAUCAGCUGAUUCAUACACUAGCAGACCAUCAGACUCAGAUGUCUCUCUCGAGGAGGAGCGGGAGGUGCAGGCUCAGGUCCAGAGCCAGAGCCCAAGCCAGAGUCAAGGACCGGGACAGAGCCGACAGGAGAGGGAACAGCAGGCUGCCGUUCAACUGGAAAGAGCCAAGAGUAAACCUGUGGCAUUUGCUGUAAGGACCAACGUCAGCUAUUGUGGCGCACUGGAUGAAGAUGUUCCAGUGCCAGCCACAGCCAUCUCCUUUGACGCCAAGGACUUCCUGCACAUAAAAGAGAAGUUCAACAAUGACUGGUGGAUCGGUCGGUUAGUGAAAGAGGGUUGCGAGAUCGGCUUCAUUCCCAGCCCUCUGAAGCUGGAAAACAUUCGACUCCAGCAGGAGCAAAAGAGAGGACGAGUCCAAGGUAAGUCUGGAGGGAACUCUUCUUCCAGUGUGGAGGAUGAGGUUUCUGCCUCUAUCCGACCACUCAUAUCCUCAGCAGGAAAGCAGAAACAGAAAGUGACGGAGCACAUCCCCCCGUAUGAUGUGGUUCCCUCCAUGAGGCCUGUAGUUCUGGUGGGACCCUCACUCAAGGGCUACGAGGUAACAGACAUGAUGCAGAAAGCACUAUUUGACUUCCUCAAGCACAGAUUUGAUGGCAGGAUAACUAUCACACGAGUCACAGCAGAUAUAUCGCUGGCCAAAAGGUCUGUUCUUAACAACCCCAGUAAGAGGGCCAUCAUAGAAAGAUCCAACACUCGCUCCAGUUUAGCUGAGGUGCAAAGUGAGAUUGAAAGGAUCUUCGAGUUGGCCCGCUCCCUGCAGCUGGUGGUUCUGGAUGCCGACACCAUCAACCACCCUGCCCAGCUUCUCAAGACCUCCCUGGCCCCCAUCAUCGUCCAUGUUAAAGUCUCCUCACCAAAGGUUCUGCAGAGGCUAGUCAAGUCCAGAGGGAAGUCCCAGAGCAAACACCUGAACGUCCAGCUCGUGGCAGCAGACAAACUAGCCCAGUGUCCACCGGAAAUGUUUGACAUCAUCCUGGAUGAAAACCAGCUGGAGGACGCCUGUGAGCAUCUCGCCGAGUAUCUCGAGGCAUACUGGAAAGCGACCCACACCUCGAUGGCGACGCCCCUGAACCCCCUGCUGGGACGCAACCUGGGCCCCACCACACUCACGCCCUACCCCACCAGCAUCUCUGGACUGCAGCAGAGCCAAAGAAUGCGACAGAGUAACCACACAGGAGACCACUCGACCCCAAAUGAACGUCGCAACCUGAUGACAUCAGAUGAAAACUACCACAACGAGCGGGCACAUAAGGGACGCAACCGCAUGUCCUCUGGCUCCCAGCAUAGCCGAGAGCAGCAGGACGCCUACCAGGACUACCAGGAUCCCUAUCAGGAUGCAUACAAGCCACAUCGCAAUCGCAGUUCACCGGGCAGCUAUAGCCAUGACUCCCGGCACCGGCUCUGAAAACACUCCUCUCGCCACAGUGGCCCACGCGGCCCAAAAUUCCACCCAAAAUAAACGCUGCAAUAGAGCCAAGAUGGUCCCAAAUUGUACCUUUUUUUUCCCCCCUUUCUUUUUGAUCUACUUGGCUAUUUUUCCUCUUUCAAAGUAAAAAAGAAUCACAUUCAGGUAUUUUCGUUUUAAUCAAGCUGUCAGGGCAAACCCCCAUCAGUCAACAGUGUGAGUAGUGAGGAGGUUCAGGCCAACAUUAACAAAACUUGUAAAAUUUCUUUAAGUUUCUGGGACCUUUUUGGGAUUUUACUAACAUAAUGCUCAGCAGAUGUGCAACACAGUGCUUGUUGCCGGUGUCAGCAGUCUAAUUAUGGAUAGUAGUCAGAUGGUGAUGAUGUACUGUAUGGGCUUCUGAGUGCCUGAAGCGUCACACCCGGUCAGAUGGAAGCCCUCUGCACACAAACUGCUGAAAGGCUGCUGCCCCUAUCCUGGGCCAUGUAUAAAUCCUCUCUUCAUUUAGCUUAUUGCAUGCUUGUAGUUGAUCAACCUCCGCAUCCACUUCACUGAUAUUUUACUCUGGAUUCUCCCAUGAUGAGGUGUAGAUAUGGAGGUCCAAUUUUCACCUCGUUGUGGAUAGGCGCUCGGUGGUGGGUUUGUGGGUUGGUUAUGCAGAUGAUAUCUGGCUGCUAGUUUUGAAAACUGGUGCUUCACAUUCCCAAACUAUUUUGCUAUUUGAAAGUCACUUUGAGCAAGGCCAGCUUUUGUGUAGCAUAGCUUCAGGAUUUUAUUUGGGUGAAGACCCUGACCGUCAUAAGCAGAACAGACUCUGAUGGUGCUGGGAUCAGACCUCUGUUACACUGUAGAGGAAGGCAAUACUGCUGCUGUUCUAAACAGCUAGCACUUAGAGAGUUAGACAAGGCAAUAGCCGAGACUGUGUGAUAUUGUAGUGGAUUACAAUAGCAAAAUUCUACUUGAGAUGCAGUUGAUACUGUUGAAAUAUGGACUGGCAUUAAAACCAAUGCAGGAGGAGCCUCUUUAGCUGGCUGGGAUGUUCUUUCUUGACAUUUUUGCCCCUGCCAGCGUCUUGUUUUUCUUCUGUUUGUUUGCUUGUUUGACGUGAAGUUCCAUCUGCUGCUGAAGCUACAAAUUAUUUUGCACUUGUUAGCAGUAAAAUCACAGUUACGUAGAGGUAAAACACACAUAUGGAUGUCGGUUAGCAUUAAGUCAAGUCACUGGUUAAUCUCUGUCAAAGUUCCUUUUGUUGGCUUUAAGGGGUUGAAAUGAUAUAAAUGUUACACGGCAGGAUUGGUUGCACCAUGUUCGUUCCCUGUGUAGCUGGCAUGUUUUCCUGACUGCAGAGCAUGUUCCCUCCAAAGGUAAAAAAAAAAAAAAGCCCACUGUAAUCAAGUUGGUGUUUGUACAAGUAUGAGGCACGUUUCUCCAAAAAUAGAAAAAAAAGAAAAGAAAAUGUCCCAAACUGCAGACGAAUGAUAUCUCUGGAUCCUUGAGGGUAAUCGCUCAUUCAGUACACUGAAACGACACAAGCAAAUAUUUUGAUAAUUUAGAAAAUGUUAAAGUGGCCUGCAUGGUAUAAAAGUGAAGCCAUCUCACUGAUAAGUUUCUGUUAGACCAGAAAUAUGUUAUAUAUUAGAAAGUGCACUGAAACAACUGACACAGGCUGAACCCUCACAAAAAAGGGCAGUUUGCCCACAUGGUGCUUUGUAUGGAGCAUGAGAGCUGCUGUGUUUGCUAAUGAUGAUCUUAAGUUUUGUUAACAGAAUUUGCUGUACAUAUCCCACUCUUUUAAGAGAUAGUAUUAUCUUGUGAUUCUGACUUAAUCAUCUUACUAUUUCCAGAUAAUAAAUGGUACCACUGGACCAACUUUAAGGUUUUCUAUUAAAACAAAGUACUUAAAAAAUGUAUAUUAGGUAACAUUCAAGUGUCCUAUUAUAGUAUAUGCAAAUAAGAGAAAGUCAUGAGGAUAAAGUAAGGAAUCACGUUGCGUGUUAUCAGAAGAUAAUAAGAUGAAUAAGUCGUCAUGUUGACUAGAAAAACUGCUGGAACAUUCUUUAUUAUCUUGGAAAUUUGUGCUUCUUUCGAUAAAAACUAUUGUAAAUUUGACAGUUUUUUGGCUUCCAUAUUUCUCCAGGACCAAAAACACAAAGAACAACCUAAAUGCCUGUUUUUGCAGUGUACCUCACAACUCCCUGUAUGUGAUAUGAUACAUACAGGAAGUGAGUGACACGGCUACAUCACAAGGAUUCAAAUGUUUUCUUUCACUGUAUGGAGGACCAAACGUGCCAUGUAAUUAAAUACUAAAUUUAAACCAUGUUUACUGAGAAAUGAAUUAAAGCAUUAAAUAUAAAGUAUUUAUUCCCCCAAGAAAAUCAAUCAAUCAAUAACACUGAAAAACUGAGUAAUAACAAUCUACUGUAAUAACACAGUGCAGUUACUUUUAACUAGUUUGCUUUAAAAAUCUAUUUAUUUUUUUAAUAAGCAUAGUUUGGUCCCAAUCAUGGCAAAAUCUGAGCUUGGCACACCUGGAGAAAUGUGAUUUUUAGGAAAAUUACCAUAUGUACAGUAAGAAUUAGAAUGUGUGUCAAAAGAGUUUUCUUUGGCAUGUUAAACAAAUACAUCUAUUCUAAAUGUUAGUUCCCUUAUGACAAAAACGAUGUACAGUACUGACUGCUGCAGCACCAAAUUAGAUUGGUGCCUUAUAAAUAGCAAAUUACUAUUAUUGUUUUGUCCGAGAUCUAUACAGAGUGUUCUCAUAAACGUUUAAUAGGAAGUGGGAGCUGUUUUUAGGCUGAUUUUUAUUAUAUUUUUGUUAGUUAAACAUGUUCAAUUACGAAUAAGUACAAUUUGUUCACAAGAUUUUUCAAAUUUGAUUCUGGUAUGGUGUUCUUAUAAAUGACAUCAGAUGGUGAUGUAGCUACAGCACAAAUAAGGAUAAGCAUGCUGCAGCCACUAGGUGGCAGCAUGAGCAGGCCUAAUAAAGUCUGUGUUGAAGCUGUAAAAGAAAAUUAGCACUGAAAAUCUUUGGUUGCUUGUGAGGUGCAGAGUUGUCCAACAUAGGACAUUAGCUUUACUAAAUCUUGAUGAUAUGCACUUCAGCCGGUCAGGAGGAACUUCUUCAAACUGUAGCAUCUUUAUUCUUUAUUUGAAUAUUCAAAAUCUAGACAUGAACCACGACCGAUAUUUAACAGUCCCCAACAGUUCUACAGCCUGAAACAGUUUUGAGCUGUUGGGAGGCUUGAUUAGAUCAUUUGGGGUUUUUUUUUUUUAGAAAAGGAGGCUGACGUGACAUAAUUUGACUUUCCCUGAUUUUAAGCAGCUCUUAUAAAUUGAUUUAAAUGUAAAAGAAGGUGCAGUGGAUCACUUUGCAUAGAUCUGGAUAAAAGUACAGAAAUAAAUAAUUUAUGAAACAAAUUGAAUAGCACAAAUGAGUAAGCAAAAACUACAGUGGUUAUUGAGCAGCUGUUCCUACAAUGUGAAUCUGGGAUAAAGGCACAGAUUGUUUGUUUGCCUUGGUUUCCUGGUUAUUUCCAUGUUAUCUAAAUGGGAAAAGAGUGCAUAAAACUACUGUUUACAAGCAGCUUAUCUGUCUCAUUGUGCCCCAUAGCAUAAAAUCCAUUGGUUGAUUGAAUAGCGAGACAUUUACCAUUCAAAAUCAAACCAACCAAUGCUGAGCUGGGCUGCUUGAGACAAUCAGAAGGGAUUUCCUGACCAGCGUCCCACCAUUGCUCUCUUUAUGAAGAGAAAUGUAAGAAUGAAAUAAUGCCACUUUCACACACAGACCUCCAGACCUGCUUUUCUUUGUUCCUUCUGACUUUAUGUGUCAGCAAAAGUUUCUCUGCAAGCAAAAUUCAUCUUUGAUUGAUUUUUUUUCUCUGACUAAAUCUCCAGGUGACCACAAAACACAGGACGUGUAGAGAAGAUUUUCUUUGGUAUAAUAUAAAACACAAAAAAGAACGAGAAAGUAAAAGAAUAAACAUUUAUUCCAGUAGAAAAAUAAUACAUGAAUAUUUGCUGUCAAUUAUUUUUAUAAGAGAUAAAUGUACAUAAUGUCUUUGAGAUGCGAUUUGCUGUAUACAUGUGCUGAAAUAAGACGAAGUCAACCCGUGUGGGACAACAGCAAGGUCCAGUAUACAAAGUUUCAGUAAUGUGCAAUACAAGACGGCAUGCUGUUUUAAAAUGAGGAACUUCAUGUACUGUACUAUGCAACCGCAAACUGUGUACAUCGCUUCAUGCUGUGGCUUCUCCAAACACCCUUUUCCAAGCAGCUUCAUCUGGACUUUUAGCGGAUUUUUGUGUUUCUCUCUGUUUUUUUUUUUCUGUGGAAGAAGAAAAUCUAAGCGGCUAAUGCGGUAUUGCAUGCAUAAUAAACCACUCUAAUUUAUAAAAAGGAGUUCAAGAAAAAUACAUGGAACUGGAGGUGACUGUGUUUCAGCCAGAGCUUCAAGUGACUUAAAAAUAUUUCUUUUUCAAAAUAAAAGAGUCGUUCUAAA